CUUUGGCUUUCUUUAUGCGAUUGAUUCUUAAUUAGUGGUCUACGACUGCCAAAAGAACAUUAUUUUGCAUCAUUCUACUUGCAGAGGUGCAAGAGUUUGACGCCUGUUUUGUGAGCAUGGAGAAGCCUGGGAAGGUGGAGUUUCGGAACGUGGGGAGUGGCUACUUCCCCCAGAGUCGAGUGGAGUGCCACUACAGCAUCAGCUCCCAACACAGCUGGUCAAGCAACGAUUGGAUCGGCCUCUUUAAGGUCGGGUGGGCAUCGCUGAGAGAUUAUCACACAUUCGUGUGGGCACUGGCCCCAUCCAACUAUCAAGAGGAGACAGAUGUGAACUGCUGUGUGCACUUUCAAGCCUCUUACCUGCCUGGGCCCAGUGCACAGUCUUACCAGUUUGUCUAUGUGAAUGGGAAGGGAGAGGUGUGUGGCUGCAGUACCCACUUCACCUUCUGUGCUCCAAAGCCCCUGGAGGAGCUGGUCACACUGGAGGAGGGGGGACAUGGCAUUGAGGAUGGAGAUGACCUGCUUGUGGUUAUCCCUAGAGCAGAGCUACUGCAGCAUCGCCUGCAGGAGUGUUUGAAGGAGCGUGUGGAGCUGCUGCAUGCCCUGGAGGUGGCAGACAGCAACAGAGAACGGGAGAGAGAGAGGAGUGAAAGAGCUAGAGAUGCAUGGGAACAGACUCGCAGAGAGCUGGAGAAACAGAUUAGCAACCUGAAGGAGGAGGUGAAGCAGAAGGAAAAAGAAAUAGGGGAAAUGAAGAGAAAACAUGAGGAGGUAGAGGCUCUCAGGGAGGCUUUGGCAGAGGAGAAGAAUACCCUCCUAGCCACAAAGGCGGACAGCGAGAUGCGCAUCACUGAGCUGGAAGAUAACAUCAAAGUCCUAACGCAGAAGGGCCUGGAGAGAGAGACAGAAGUAGAGAGGCUGAAGGAAAAAGCUAAAAAAGUCACAGCUCAAAGGAAGGAAGAAGAGGAGGAGCGGAAGAGUCUGAAGGCCAAGCUGGAGCAGACGGAGAAGGAGCUGCGCAGUCUCUCUGCAGAGUUUCAGAGUCUGAGGAGUUCACUGGCACAGAGAGACACACAUGCCCUACAGCUGAGAGACAGCAUCAACACGCUCACACUCAAACUUAACAACGCUCACAGGAAAGAGGCUGAGAACGAAGCUGCUCUGAACGAGCUGCGAAACAUUCAGGAACGUCUGUCAGCCAGCGAGCGUGCUGCCGAGGGGCUGAAAGCCGAGCUGGUUGCCAUGGCGGCCCAAAGGGACCACGGGCAGACGGAGCUGCACCAGGCCCGUCUGCAGGCUGCGCAGCUCACGCUGCAGCUGGCUGAUGCCAGCCUUGCACUGAGAGAGGGCCGUGCCAGCUGGGCACAGGAGAGAGAGAGUCUGCAGCAUGCUGCAGAGAUGGACAGAGUGCGUAUGGACAAACUCAAUGAGGAGAUACAGCGAAAGGAGGAAAUGCUUCAGGAGGAGAGGAUGGAGAGAGAGAAAAUCGAGGUGGAGCUUGGAAGAGAGAAGGACUGUAACAGGGUACAGCUGAGUGAAUUGAGACGGGAGCUGCAGGAACUGAAGGCCAGUCUGAGAGUGGCCCAGAAAGAAAAGGAGCAGUUACAGAUUGAGAAACAGGAGGUGAUGGAGUACUGCAGGCAGCUGGAACAAAGACUAGAGACUUUGACUGACACCAAAUGGAGUGAGACAGGACUACUGCAGAGCAGUCGAAUGGAGGACCCAGUGUCUGACUCUGAAGAUGAGAACCCAGAGGCCCUGCAGCCCCCCCGUGCCUCCCGUGGCCUGGGCCACUACAGCCUGUGUGAACAGUCCCAACCAGAGGAGUCCCUGCUUCCCGCCACUCCUCCCCCCUCUCCGCGACACCUCCUCGAUGAGGGCGUGGUCAUCAGUCAGCCCGCCCCUUUCUCCUCACCACGGCAACCACCAAGCAGUUCACAGACACACAGCUCUGAGUCGGAGGAAGAGGAGGAUCCAGAGGCUGUCCAGUCAGGACACAGCUCUGAGGAAGAGACAGCUCUGCUACUGGCAGACUGCAGAGACAUGACUCUCAGUGAUGUGGCAGAGGAUACGCUGUGGUGAAGAAGAGGAGAAAAUGGAGAUAAAACAUGAGAGGGGGCCAAGUCGAGUUGGAUGACAUUGCACCAGGAUUCAGUGUGUUACAGAUUUGUACUCAACACACGCUUUUGUUUAACAAUAUACUGACAAAAAAUGUACAAAUAUGCAAAUUGCUUUACACUUAAUAUGCACUUUCAUAAUAGUUACAAGACCUCUUAAGUUCACUGGCAUUCACACUUAUAUACAUUUCACAUAUCAAACAUGGCAGGUUUC